GAAAAUGUGGUAAGAUUGCCAAAGAGACAACUCUCUACAAGAGAUCAAAUGACACAGACAUUACCUCCUCUUUGUUUCCAUGUUUUUGUACACCUUUGACUUUCCAACAUUUGGUUUUGAGCAUUCCUGAUGAAGGUAAAUAUAGAAAGCGCUUCGAGUGAGUCUUAUUUUCGUUUCCAAAUUUUCAGUGUUCCUGGUCGAAAAUUACAUAAGUACAUAGGAUGCAUCUGCAGGCAUUGAAAAUGUGCUAUACUUCAGUCUAAAGCCCACGUAUGAAAAAAAAAAUGAAUUACUGAUAAUUUCAUGUGAAUUCUUUUUAUAUCACGAAGCAAUUGACAGACUUAAAACAUAUAAAAUGAACAAAUCUCAAAGUUUACAGAAGAGAUAAUCGGUUCUUGGGAAAGACAAACCUACUCAAGGGCGCACAAAUACAAAAACCGAAAAUUGUAUUUUGUUAUGUUUACGUGUUACUGCUUUAGGUUACAUACCGGCAUGGUAACGAUAGCAAAGGGUUUGCAAUCGAGAAUCACAUUAGCUGAUGGUAAUUCAAUGCCAAUGUUUGGCCUUGGGAUGUUUGAAUCAAGUGGUAUCAAGGCCGAGAAAGCGGUAGAAUAUGCCUUGUCACAAGAGUACAGAUUGAUUGAUACAGCUGAAUUCCAUGGGAUCGAAGAAGAUAUUGGAAGAGGUAUCGAGAAGUCUGGUGUAAACAGAAAAGAAAUAUUUGUUGUGAACAAGCUGUGGGAAAAUGGUUACGAUCGAUGUAAACAAGUGUUCAUGGAAAGCUUACGGAAAAUGAAACUGAAUUACAUAGAUUUGUAUUGUAUUCAUAAUCCUGCAAAGGGAAACAAUGUGGAAACCUAUAAGGCGAUGAUAGAACUACAGGAACAGGGGAUAAUAAAGUCUUUAGGUGUCAGUAACUUUGGUGUUCAUCAUCUAGAAGCAUUUAAAUCUGCCGGACUUCCAAAGCCAGUGAUCAAUCAGAUAGAGCUCCAUCCAUGGCAACAAAAAACUGAAAUUGUCAACUAUUGUCGUACUAAUGGUAUUGCAUUGAUGGGAUACUCACCUCUAUGCAAAGGCAGAAAAUUCAACAAUAAGCUAUUGAUAGAUAUUGCAGACAGAUAUAAGAGGUCUGCACCUCAAAUUUUAAUUCGAUGGAGUGUUCAGCAUGGUUUCGUUACAAUACCAAAAUCCUCUGAUCAAAGACAUAUAGAUGCAAAUGCAAAUGUGUUCGAUUGGUCUUUAAAGGAAGAAGAUAUAGAACUGAUGAAUACAUUUCCAGAUGAAUAUUGCACCUGGAACCCUUGCGUUUCUCCAUGGAACGGAUAAAUAAUCUGCAAAUUUACUGUGUACAGUCUUUCUUCUUAUACUUUUAAUAAAACUGUAAUUGAAUUCAA